CAAUCGAGUCUGUGGAAAGGCGGGCUGCUCUUAGAAUUUUGAACUUUUCUUUGGCGUCACGUGAUCUGCGGGUAACGUGUUUGUUUUUGCUGUCAGAUUUCCUGAAACGCUUCAUGCCGAAUAGGGGAUUCUGCUACCUGUUGUGAGUCUAUGGCGUCUGCAUUGGAAGAUCCAGCUUUACAGCGUCACUUCAAAGGACACAAAGAUGCUGUCACCUAUGUUGACUUCAGCCCAGACGGCAAACAGCUUGCAUCCUCCUCAGCAGAUGCGUGUGUAAUGAUAUGGAACUUCAAGCCUCAAUCCAGAGCCUACAAAUAUCCCGGUCACAAGGAGGCAGUCACUUGCGUGCAGUUCUCUCCUAGUGGACACUUGGUGGCAUCAUCUUCUAAAGACAGAACAGUGAGAUUGUGGGCUCCCAAUAUCAAAGGAGAAUCCUCAGUCUUAAAAGCUCAUACUGCAGUUGUACGUUGUGUUAACUUCUCAAGUGAUGGCCAUACAUUUAUCACAGCAUCAGAUGAUAAAUCAAUUAAAGCCUGGAAUCUGCACCGCCAGAGGUUCCUCUACUCCUUAACUGAGCAUACAAACUGGGUGAGAUGCGCUAGGUUUUCUCCAGAUGGAAGAUUAAUUGCAUCGUGCAGUGAUGAUAAGACUGUUAGAAUCUGGGAUAUAACCAAUAGACUUUGCAUUAACACUUUUGUGGAUUACAAAGGACAUUCCAAUUAUGUUGACUUUAACCCGAUGGGAACUUGUGUAGCCUCUGCAGGUGUUGACAGUACUGUGAAAGUCUGGGAUAUUAGAACGAACAAAUUACUGCAGCAUUACCAAGUGCACAAUGCAGGAGUCAAUAGCCUGUCAUUCCACCCAUCUGGGAAUUACCUCCUUACUGCAUCAAAUGAUGGCACUGUGAAAAUCUUGGAUCUUUUGGAAGGAAGACUUAUCUACACACUUCAUGGGCACCAGGGUCCUGUACUGUCAGUGGCAUUUUCAAAAAGUGGAGACCAGUUUGCUUCAGGGGCCACAGAUGCACAGGUUUUAGUGUGGAAGACUAAUUUUGACAAAUAUAAUAUAAAAGAAAUUGUGAAGCUGCAGCAGAAAAGGACUUGCCCGGAAGCUCCACCUCAUCUAAAUGACAUCUAUCCCAAAACACCCCACCUCCACACAAGCAGUGGUCAUUCCAUAGAGAUCAAUCCAAUGUUUGAACUAGCAGACACACAAACCUUUGAUCCUCCAAUUAUAGAUGUCGGCGCCAACUUUCCUUACUGUAGACAGCUGAUACAGAAAUAUUCAAGAACUCGAUAAAAGAACUAACCAUGGGUGUCCCGAUAUGGUGAAGCAGCGUGGAUUAUUUAGGAGAGUGCGCAGCAGUGACGUGUAGGUUGAAAAUAUUUUAUCUGCACCUAGCUGUAACCCACAGUAACCUAACCUGCACCUGACCCAACCCACUGGGGCAGGGCGAGUAUAUAAACAACCACCACUUCAUCACUUGUGGGGCUUUGCACAGUGCAGAGAUGUCCCUUGAAGUGGUUGGAUGGCAGCGAAUUUGCCCCAUGACUUGCUCCAGGGGGUAAUUGGUCAACCCAAGCCCACAGGUCCCAUCAGCCCAACCUCUAUAGGGCAUAUAUAGAAGGAUGACAGAACGAUUUUGACAGGUCAUACUUUGAUCAUGUCAGCUUGCAGAAGAUCUGUCCAUUGUGAAAUUUUCAUCUGCUUAUGCGCUAUGUGUGGGGAUGUAUAGGCAACUAAGAAUAAAAAGGAGCCAAAACUCCAUUUAACUUUUUGUAGUUCCAAUGACUGUGGCUCGUGGUUGAAUCAAUGGAGCGAAGGGAGUGUAGCAAAGUGCGUGUAGAGCCAGAAGUAAAACAUUUUUGCCAAAAACUUCAGUUCUAUUAUAAUUCUUUUUAAUUUUUUUUCUAUUGUCCUAAUGUAAAAUCACUGCCGUAUCAUCAUUUGUUUGUGUGGGAUUUUUCAGUUUAUUUUGGUUGUAUCCCCUUUUUUUAUUUAUUUAUUUUGCAUUGUUUUGCUGCUUUUCGCUGUUAGAAUCAGCUGUUUCCUCCAUGUCCCUUUUCCUGCUCAGCUUAGGCGCCAUCUAAUUCCUCUUACUGUUAUGCAGACAGGUCCCCCAGCUGGAAUGCUGUAUUAUUUUCCUGUUGCAGGGUACACAAACAAUCCUGCUAAAAAAAAAGCAAUAUAAAUUCUCCUUAUAUUCGUAUUUUCCCUAUGUAUAUAUGGGUCAAAAUACAGAAAUAAGGGGAGACAGAUGCUCGGUCUUUAAUAAUUUCUCCUUUUAUUCUGAAUCAUUUGAACCCACAGAAAUGAUAUAUUGAUUAUGUGACUAGCUGCAUUAGAUAGCACUUGUGCUGAGAUUAGGGUUCCCCAAUUUCAUAUUUCAUAAAUUGACUUAGUAUUUUGACAUGAUACACAGGCUGAUAAAAGCCCCCAACAUGGCUUCUCCUUACUUAGGGGGCAGAGUAUGGCCUGUGUUGUGUGGGGCAACCUUGCCAUGCAGGCAGAUCUGUUUGUGUUUGGCCAGCUUUAGGCUAGCAGCCCAACCUUCACCCAACUACAUGGUUAGCACUGAUGCUUUGCAGCGCUAUGGAGUAAUGUUUGAUUCCAAUCAUGGUACUGUCUGCAAAGAGCUUUCACAUUCUCCUCUCAUUUUCUCUGGGUAAUCCACUUUCCGCCUAUGCUCCAAAGGUAUGCAGGCAGGUUUAUUGGUUCCUGAUUUUUAAGUGAGUCAGGGGACACAGACUGUAAGUUUCGCUCAUUCAUGGACUGAUAAUUCAGUGUAGUCUCUGUAGCGCAGUGGAAUACAUUGGCGUUGUAUAAAUACAGUGGAACCCUGAUUCUACAUUUUUCCAGGAUUGAUGCCA